CCCGGGCUGGCUCCGCAGCCCCGCGCAGGCGUCCCAGGGCCGCGCGGAACCCAGCCCCUCCUGCUCCCUCUAGGAGUCAAAAUGGCGGCGAGGGGAGCCUGGAGCGGUCCCGGAGCCUGAGCCCCUGACAGGAGAGGAGAGGGCGGCGGCGGCGGCAGCAGGAGGAGGAUGGCCGGGGGUGCUGGCGCCGGUGCGGACGGCGGUGCUGGCGGCGGCGGCGGCGGGGGCGACGGCAGCGGUCCCAGCGGCGGGAGGAGCCUCCGGGAAAUGGAUGAAAGGAGGCUGCUGGAUCCAGGCUUGAAGGCUCAUAAAGGCCUCUGGGAUUCUGCUCUGAAGAACCAGCAGAUGGAAUGCCCGAUUGACUGAAGAAAAUGGGUGCUAAUGCAUCUAACUGUCCUCAUUCGUGUUCCCCAAGGGCAGGGGGAAAUUCGCAGGCCCAGCAGACUUUUAUAGGGACAUCAUCUUAUUCCCAGCAAGGCUAUGGUUGUGAAUCAAAAUUGUAUAGCCUUGACCACGGCCAUGAGAAACCACAAGACAAAAAAAAGAGAACCUCUGGCCUUGCAACCCUCAAAAAGAAGUUUAUCAAGCGUCGAAAAUCUAAUAGGUCUGCGGAUCACGCCAAGCAGAUGCGAGAGCUCCUCUCUGGGUGGGAUGUCAGAGAUGUCAAUGCGCUGGUGGAGGAGUACGAGGGCACCUCAGCCUUGAAGGAGCUUUCUCUCCAAGCCAGUUUGGCUCGGCCAGAAGCCCGGACAUUGCAGAGAGACAUGGCUGAGCUUUAUGAGUACAAGUAUUGUACUGAUGUAGACUUAAUAUUUCAAGAAACUUGCUUUCCUGUUCAUCGUGCCAUUUUGGCAGCAAGGUGUCCAUUUUUUAAAACACUGCUUUCCUCCUCACCAGAGUACGGGGCGGAGAUAAUAAUGGACAUCACGACAGCUGGAAUCGACAUGCCCAUGUUUUCUGCGUUGUUGCACUACCUGUAUACAGGAGAGUUUGGAAUGGAGGACUCGAGGUUUGAAAACGUCGAUAUCCUCGUUCAGCUCAGUGAAGAGUUCGGCACACCAAAUUCCCUUGAUGUCGAUAUGCGAGGGCUCUUUGAUUACAUGUGCUACUAUGAUGUUGUCCUGAGUUUUUCUUCAGACUCUGAACUGGUUGAAGCUUUUGGUGGAAAUCAGAACUGUUUAGACGAAGAGCUCAAAGCCCACAAGGCUAUUAUUUCUGCAAGAUCCCCAUUUUUUCGGAAUUUAUUACAAAGGAGGAUACGGACUGGUGAAGAAAUCACAGACCGAACUUUGAGGACGCCCACGAGAAUUAUAUUAGACGAGUCUAUUAUACCAAAAAAAUAUGCAAAAGUGAUACUGCACUGCAUGUACACUGACGUGGUGGACCUCUCUGUGCUACACUGCAGCCCCUCCGUGGGGAGUCUCAGUGAAGUGCAGGCUCUCGUCGCAGGGAAGCCGAACAUGACCAGGGCAGAGGAAGCCAUGGAGCUUUACCACAUAGCACUGUUCCUGGAAUUUAACAUGCUCGCACAAGGCUGUGAGGAUAUCAUUGCUGAGAGCAUCUCAUUAGAUACCUUAAUUGCCAUCCUCAAGUGGAGCUCUCAUCCAUACGGCUCUAAAUGGGUCCACCGACAAGCGCUGCAUUUCCUCUGUGAGGAAUUUUCCCAGGUCAUGGCUUCGGAUGUUUUUUAUGAACUCAGCAAAGACCAUCUGCUUACUGCUAUCCAGUCUGACUACCUACAGGCAAGUGAACAAGAUAUCCUUAAAUAUCUGGUUAAAUGGGGAGAGCAUCAGUUGAUGAAAAGAAUAGCAGACAGAGAGCCAAACUUACUGAGUGGCACUGCCCAUAGUGUGAACAAAAGAGGAGUAAAAAGACGGGACCUGGACAUCGAAGAGCUGAGAGAGAUCCUUUCUUCUCUCUUGCCCUUUGUGCGAAUUGAACACAUCUUACCUAUAAACAGUGAAAUCUUCAGUGAUGCAAUGAAAAGAGGCUUGAUUAGUACUCCUCCAUCAGAUAUGCUUCCUACGACCGAAGGUGGAAAGUCAAAUGCCUGGUUACGGCAAAAAAAUGCCGGCAUUUAUGUUCGUCCUCGACUGUUCUCUCCCUACGUGGAAGAAGCAAAGUCGGUGCUAGAUGAAAUGAUGGUGGAGCAGACAGAUCUGGUGCGUUUGCGAAUGGUCAGAAUGUCCAAUGUGCCAGACACGCUGUACAUGGUCAACAAUGCUGUCCCACAGUGCUGUCACGUGAUCAGCCACCAGCAGAUCAGUAGCAACCAGUCCAGCCCUCCUUCCGUGGUCGCCAAUGAAAUCCCAGUUCCUCGGCUGCUCAUCAUGAAGGACAUGGUCAGAAGGCUGCAGGAGCUGCGGCACACGGAGCAGGUGCAGAGAGCUUACGCGCUCAACUGCGGGGAAGGCGCCACCGUCAGCUAUGAGAUUCAGAUCCGAGUGCUGCGGGAGUUUGGGCUUGCAGAUGCCGCCGCAGAGCUCUUGCAGAAUCCUCACAAGUUCUUUCCUGAUGAACGUUUUGGAGACGAAAGCCCACUCUUGACAGUGAGACAGCCCGGGAGAUGUCGUGUUAACAGCACCCCUGCUGCAGAGACCAUGUUUACAGAGCUGGACUCUUUCGUGGCCUUCCGUCCACCCUUGCCGCCUCCUCCCCCUCCCUACCACCCCCCCGCUACCCCAAUCCAUAACCAGCUCAAAGCAGGCUGGAAGCAGAGACCUCCGAGCCAGCACCCUUCCCGAUCUUUUUCUUACCCUUGCAAUCCAUCACUGUCUCACUCUAGAACAGCUCCUAAAGCUGGCCCGCCCCCCGUCUACCUGCCAGGUGUUAAAGCGGCACCACCUGACUGCACCGCCGUCCCCGGGCUGGGGAGACAGACAGUCGCCGCCGCUGCUGCUGCCGCCUCUGCGGCGGGGACGGCGGAGAAGCAAGUGGGUGCACAGCCUGUGCUGAACGACCUGAUGCCGGACAUUGCCAUGGGUGUGUCCACGCUGUCGCUGAAGGACAGGAGGCUUCCAGAGCUGGCAGUGGACACGGAGCUAAGCCAGUCGGUGUCCGAAGCAGGGCCCGGGCCUCCUCAGCCUCUCUCAUGUAUGUCACAGAGGCACGCACACACUUCUCGAAAGAAACACACACUAGAGCAAAAAGCAGACGCCCGAGAGCAUCAGCAGGAAUACCCGGAUUUCUACGACUUCUCCAGCGCUGCUUGCAGGCCUUCCACCCCUGCGCCUGGCACACGGACCCCCUCCCCCUCACCAGGUGGGUAUUUCGGUCCUGACCUGUACAGCCACAGCACGGCAUCACCAAGUGGCUUAAAGUCAGCCUACGCACCCAGCCAGAGCUCUCCGCAGAAGCAGGAGGAAGCUAGGAGAGAGUCCCCGCUCUCCCCUGACGGGCACCUUCCCCGGCAGAAGAGUGAGCCCAUCCGCCUGGAUGUUGUCGCGCAGCCUCCCCCGCGGGCAGACUGCGCUUUGGCGGCCCCAGAAAGUGCCGGCAGCGGCCCAGCCCACGCCAGGGGACGAUCCACGGUAGAAACAGACUUGACCUUUGGGCUCACUCCCAACAGACCUUCUGCACACUCUGCGUGCAGCAGCUCUGACGCGCCAGAAGAGAGAUCCAGUAGAAGACUGGCAGACAGUGAGGCCCUGGGCCCUGGAGCGCCGCGAAGUGCAGACCUGGAGAGGGAGGAUUCGGUGAGCAGAGGCAGGAGGUCACCCAGCAAGCCCGACUUCCUCUACCGAAAGUCUGCCCUCUGAGAGCCGCGCCCGCGGAGCGCGGCGUGCGCGUGGGUGACGGAAGCCGGCAGCUCGCAGAGCAGUCUCGGCGCCAGCUGACCCCUCCGGUCCACAUCCUGUACCUGUGUCUGUGUGCGCGUGUGAGACGCGGCUGCCGAGUGCUGCGUCUGCCUGUCUGUGUUCGAGCGAUCGUUCGGGGAAGCAAGCAAGCAAGCUGGCACUUUUUUUCCUCUUUUCAAAAUGAUGGAUUUUUUUUUGCACUUGUACAUUUUACCUGUAUUGAUUUUAUAUCAGUAUGUUAAAAUUUAUUGCCACAUUUAAAGGACUGUAUUUUCAUACUUUUUUGCAUUUUAUCUUUCAUCUACCAAUUUCCACGUGCAUUGGGUUGCACACCGAGAUGUAUUUUCUUAUAAAAUAGUCUGUGUUUAUUUUUUAAUUAUAGAAAUUCCAAAGAACAGCACAUCACAAUGCUUUUCUCAGUAGUUGUUUGAGUUCAGAGAUCCCCGUGCUCAAUCUCCAUAAACCUAAUGUCGUUCUUUCUCAGUAAGUCUUGGGAGCUGGUCCUCCCUGCUCCAUCAGGGGCCAGCCAGGGUCCUGAGGUGUCCUGGCUCAGUGAAGGACAGGGAGGAGCAAGGCCGGGCGUCCCAGCACGGACGCCGUCGGGAUCGCUGCGGGCCCUGGGCUGCGGAUGGAGCGUCACUCUCAGGCUCUGGUGGAAGAGGUCGCCCCGGCGUGGCUCCUGCUGCGCGUGGACUCAGCUGCCCGGAGGAGGGACUGCCUGCUGCCUGCUGCCUUCGGUUGUCUUGCUCUCUCUGUGGGAAAACAGCAAAGCAAAAGGGCUUCAGUCUCACCAUGUCAUUUGGUGUUUGUAAGUGUAUGUUGUGUUCCGUACGUUUUCCAAAGUUUGUCGGAAUUUUGGUGUCCUUUAAAAAGUUGUGUAAUGCUUUGUCACCAAAAAACAAAAAGAAGAUGGCGACAUUUGUUUUCAGGUACACACUGCGUGUCCUACUUGAACUCCAGUGGGGAUGCUGGUUUGGCAUUUACUGAACCACUGAGCACAUGGGGUCUCCUCAGACCCUCUCCCUUGAAGGGCCAUGCGUAAGCUGAGGACUGUUCUUUUCCUAACACUCCGAUGUAAAUAUGGUAGUGUUUGAGUUUUUAAAUCACCUCAACAUUAUUUGAGCACCUACUUUGUAUUUUCCAGACGCAUACACACACAGCCGUAGCACUUAGCAGGAAAGAGACUUUCAGAAGCUUAGCUCCGAGGAAGAUUCUGGAGCCUCUUCUCUAUAUGUUUAUGUACAAACGGAAUCACUCAGACUCACUCUCAAACUAUGCAGGGCUAGGGAGCCGUUACAAGCUACCACAUACAUGAAAUACGUGCACUUUGAAGUAAUAGAUUUCUAUUGGGUGUCACCAACUCUUGAUUUCUCCCAAAACUGUAGUUUCUCUUACAGUCUUUUCCUACUUUACCCUGUGGAUAUACACUCAGGAAUUACGUGACAUUUUAAGAACGCGUGACAAUAGAUAGUGUCAAAGAUGGGCACUCGUCAGUGUGUCUGUACCACUGGCGGCCGCCGCCCCGCCAGCUCCGCGGGUGCGUCUGUGGACGGUGGUGACCUCGCGUCCCGAGCGCCGGCCUUGCCGGGGACACAGCGAGCCGCCGCAGGGUCGGCUGCACAGCACCCGCAGGGCUCUUUCUUUAAGAGAAAGACUCAAGCCUCCGUUCUCAGUUCGAAGAGGCUUAACUCUGGCUCCAGCAGACGCGGGUGUCUCUGAAAGCCCAGUUUCCGUCUGCAGAAACACAAGUUGUUCGUUCCAUUGUGUUGCUUAAUAAGUGUUUGUGUGCAUGUGUCCACGCGAAUUGUUCUGAUCAAAGCUUCGACUCCUCUUCUGAGUCAGACUGCUGCGCUGGUGCUGCCGACGCGGUGUGGGCAGGCGAGACCUGCUCUGUCUCUGUUUCUGAUUUAUUCCCGUGUGUUAGACCAGGACUGUUGGGUCUCACAUGUUGGUUUUUCUGAAAAGUCCUUAAAUAUCCUUUCAUGUCCCCCAAAUUUAUAAAUUUUGGCCACUGUUUAGAAUAUUAUUUAACUUACCAAGUUCACUUUUAAUAACUUAGUAGUUUACCUGGCUAAACUGUGUAUAGAGGGAGAACCCGCUCUGGUCUGGGGGAUUGUGGGCCGCUGUGACGUGCAGAAGGUAAUCACGUGGGUUUUGUAUGCUUUAGGGUAGGUGUUAGUGUACUUCUGCUAGGUCUUGUGAAGUGUGGUGAAUAGGGUAAGGUGAACAUAGCUACGUACGUGCCUCUGGUUUUGGAAUCCACCUAUCACAUCUCUCUAAAAUGCUGUUCAGAGAGAAAUGCCAAGUCUGAGUAAGGCUGCUCCCUUAAGAAGUCUAGAUCUGCGUAUAAUAUACUGUGUAGGCCCGGGAACUGGCGUUUUACCUGGUAUAGAAAUUUAAUGGGAACCAAAUCACAGAAGUAAACCAGAUCUCCUUUUGAGGCCGUGGACAAUCAGGCCAUUGGGACAAUCGCCGCUUCCAGUGCCCGCCCCGUGCUGGUGUUAGGACGACCUGUCUAGACACCGUCGUGCAAAGAUCCAGGUUCCUUAAAGGUGCUGGAGGUGUUUUCUUAAUCUUGUUUUCCUUGCGUGGUUUUGAUGAGUAAUUUAAGUUCAGAGUCCCCCGUGGCUCCCAGGGAAGAAAGCAGCAGCAGGAAAGACAAGCCCUGGAGCGUGGGGCUCGGGUUUCCUGUGCGCCACGCCGUCCUCCCACACCCCUUUCCUUCCUUUCCAGGCACGUGUGCCUAGACCCGAGCCAGCCCAGCACAUCCGUCACUUGUUGGGCUUCAAGGGUUUUUAGUGAGUUUUUAAGUAUUCUGCUGUUCUCGUAGAAAACACUAUGAAACUACCCGUCUCUCGCUCCUCCAGUCCUGUCCUGGUUGCGGCUGGCGUCCUUGACUGGGUUUCUUUCAGCCCUGGUUCAGCUGCUAGCAGUGGGCACAGGAGGGCGAGGGGCAGGGGCUCGCUCAGAAGCCCACCUCCAGGCCGUGUGCGAGGGCUGAAGGAGUCACAUUUCUCCGUCACUGCUCGACACGAUAGAGGUUUUCCCGAGGUCAGGUUCGCCUUUGGGAGUCGCGUUGCCCGAGCUGCUUGGGUCUUGGGGCUGAGCUCAGAGGGAAGGCCUCCCGUGCCCCUCUGUGCAGUCACUGGGGAAGCAGCAGCGCUGGGUGCUGUUCCCGGUCUGCGGUGGUCUGCUUCGUCCACUAGCUGAUUGGCUUUGAAACCUCAUCACAGAUAAUCUUACUGAGAGAGUUACCGUGCACACCACGCAAAGAAUUUUACUGUUAACUCUUCUCCAUGAACCCUGUCGUAUGAACAGUUUUUUUAUAAAACACUGUCUUUUCUGUCAUCUCUCGCGCGAUAACUGUUACGUAGUUACCGCCUGGGCAAUAACUUUGGUUUUUUUUUUUUCUUUUUUCUUUCUCACUCUUCUUUCUCUCUUUCUCUUUCUCUCUCUCUCUCUUUUUUUUUUUUUUUGCCUCUAGAAAAAGUCUGACUACACAUCCCUCUUCCAUCUUCUGAAUAUUAUAACGCUGUGGCUGUUUCUGUAGAAAGCUCACUCACAGGUGUGUCUCUGGAACACAGCCUCUUGUGUUCGUGUGGCUUCUGUCUGAGACCAGGGAAGCUCCAUGCACUCCUGCCCGUGACCGUGCACCUGAGUUAGCUGGGCAGGCGAUCCAGAGUCCUGCCCUCAGGCGGGCGGCUGAUUUAGGUUCCUGAACUCCACCUGCCGUGUGCGUUCGCAUCCACACUUACUUCCCAGAGGUGGGGUCUUCAACUCUGCAUUUCUGUGGUUGUGCUGUUAACUGGUAUAAAGUCAAGUGCCUUCAAUGCUAAAGGCUCAGAAAUUUUUCUUAACCUGAUUUCAUGUCCUAUGCAAGUGUUUUCUACAACCUGCAUAACCAGUACUUUGUAAGACUUGUUUACGCUUCAAUUGUACAUAGUGUUUUUUAAAGAAAUAUAUAGUAUUUUUAUUUAGGUACCUCCAAACUUGAAUUCGUCUGUGUGAAGCAUUGUAAAACGAUACAUUUCUCUUUUGAGUACCAUUGCAGUUGUACAGAGGUUUUCACUGGUUCUAUUUUUCUACUGUUACUGAUAAGCAUGUAACACUGACUUUAUCCUCCGUAUAGUUGGCAUUUCAAAUAAAUGGCUUGUAUAGAA